UUGCAAAAAACCACCAGGAUUUGCCCAAUGACCUUCCUGCUAUUAAUUUCAUGAUGACAGAUGCAAUUUGGAAGGCCUUGGAUAUGAUGCUGCAAAUCAUUGUGAGCAUCAUUGAGAAGGUCAUAUCUGAAGUGACAAGACUGCUUGGCAAGUUUAAAGAGAAGGUGGAGGACACAGUGGCUGAAAGGGCUGCAGAGGUAUCGGUGGAUACAGGGACAAGUUACUGGGGUUUGAGAUCAGAUAUGGAAUUGCUGGCUAGGAACUUGAGGGCAUUGAGCAGCAGGGCAUCUGACAUAAAGGAGCAAGUGGAAGGAGGUGAGCUAUCAGGACAAAAGAGGAAAUCAGAGGUGAACAAUUGGUUGGAGGAAGUACAAAAAUUAGAGAAUGAUUUCAUUGCAUUGCAGAGAAGGGUACAACAGGAGAAGUUUUGGAAACUUUUCUUGGUUGGACGUGAUGUGAGAAAGAUGCAAGAUCAGGUGGCCCAAUUUACUGAGCAAAGCCGGCAUUUUGACGGGCUUUUGCUGGAAAAUCAGCUGAAUUUGGAGAACCACAGUUGAUGAUAGAAUUGAUAAUACAUCAUUAUUUGGAUGGACAUUGAAGAAGAAUGUUGAGAACAACUGAUAAUGGCUCUGGACUGGGAAUCGAUUUCCUUCGAGAUCUUUUUUUUUUCCCUUUUUUUAAAAUUUUUUUAUGACUCUGUAUUCUGUAAAACUGCAAGGGCCUGAGCAAGAGGAAAGAGUUAAAAAUAAAAUUGAGGUGAAAUCUAAGCCCGGAGAUUGAAAGAAAUAGUGAACUUCACUUGUGCAAA